ACAGUGAUGGUAGCGGUGGCGGGGUGGUGGGGAUGGAGAACUCUGGAAUGGAUGUGGCUCAAGCCGAAAAGGAUGGAGAAACAUCUGAGAAGCCAAGGCAUAAAAGGGAAUCCUUAUAGAAUAUUUUUUGGAGACUUCAAAGAUUCCGCGGCCAUGACCAAACAAAACCAAACCAACCCUAUCGCUAUCUCAGACGACAUCAUUCCUCGUCUCCUCCCCUUCAUUCAGAAAACCAUCAACACCUAUGGAAAGAAAACAUUCAUGUGGUUCGGAUAUAUGCCAAGAGUACACAUUAUGGAGCCAAAACUGGUGAAGGAGGUGAUGUCGAAGAAUUUCGUCUAUCUAAAGCCGAAGAGCAACCCAUUUGGAAGAAUGUUGGUCGGUGGACUUGGUAUCUAUGAACAUGAUCAAUGGGCUAAGCAUAGGAAAAUCGUCAACCCUGCUUUUCGUAUGGAGAAGAUAAAGCUUAUGCUUCCAGCAUUCCACGUGAGUUGCGUUGAGAUGAUAAAUUCAUGGGAAAAGGCAUUGAAAGAGUCGAAAGAGGUGGAUGUUUGGCCAUAUUUACAGAAUUUGUCAGCAGACGUGAUUUCAAGAACUGCAUUUGGUAGCUCCUAUAAAGAAGGAAGGAAGAUAUUUCAGCUUCUAACGCUACAAACUGGACUCGUCACUCAAGCUCUAAGCACGCUAUACAUCCCAGGAUCGAGGUUUCUUCCGACAAAGAGAAAUAUGAGAAUGAAGAAGAUAGUGAAAGAACUAGAACAUCUACUAACUAAUAUGAUCAAUAAGAGAGUUGAAGGCUUGAAAAAUGGUGAAACAAACAAUGAAGACUUGUUAAGCAUAUUAUUAGAAUCCAAUUUCAAACAAGGGGAGAUAAAGGGUAUGACCAUUAAAGAGGUGAUCGAAGAAUGCAAACUCUUCUACUUUGCUGGCCAAGAGACUACUGCGGUUUUACUUCUUUGGACAAUGGUUCUUUUGGCUCAACAUCAAGAAUGGCAACACCGAGCUAGAGAAGAAGUCCUUCGAGUAUUUGGAAAUGAUGGCGAUCCCAAUUUUGAUGGAAUCAACCGCCUUAAGAUCGUAACAAUGAUACUAAACGAGGUUCUAAGGCUGUAUCCACCUAUUAUUGAGAUGACUAGAAUCAUUGAGGAAGACAUGAAACUAGGAGAAUCACUUCAUUUGCAAGCUGGGACGUCAUUAUCAUUGCCCAUUCUAUUGUUACACCAUGAUAAAGAGAUAUGGGGGGAAGAUGCUAAAGAAUUCAAGCCAGAGAGAUUUGCAGAAGGAAUAUCCAAUGCAACAAAAGGUCAUGUCUCCUAUUUCCCUUUUGGUUGGGGUCCGAGGGUUUGCAUCGGGCAGAAUUUUGCUUUACUAGAGGCUAAGAUGGCAGUGGCGAUGAUUCUUCAACGAUUUUCAUUUGAGCUUUCUCCUUCUUAUGCCCAUGCUCCUUAUCGCAUCGUCACUAUUAAGCCUCAGUUUGGUGCUCCAUUCAUUCUGCAUCGACUAUAG